GUUGUAUAUAUACCGUCAAAUACGAAACAUGGCGUCUACGUUAGAAAAUUUAGAAACACAGUUGGAGCUUUUUAUUGAAAAUGUUAGGCAAAUACGUAUUAUAGUGAGUGAUUUCCAACCGCAAGGACAAAAUGUACUGAAUCAAAAAAUUCAAGGUUUAGUAAACGGCUUACAAGAAAUAGACAAACUUAAGUCUCAAGUUCAAGAUGUUCAUGUACCUUUGGAGGUUUUCGAUUACAUUGACCAAGGCAGAAAUCCACAAUUAUAUACUAAGGAUUGCAUAGAGAAGGCAUUAACUAAAAAUGAACAAGUGAAAGGAAAAAUCGAUGCUUAUAGAAAAUUUAAAGCAAACAUGCUUGUAGAGCUAACUAGAGUUUUCCCACAUGAGUUGGCUAAAUAUAGAGCUAUACGUGGUGAUGAAUGAACAGAAAGUAAACCAAACAAUACAAUGCUUCUUUGUUAAUUUUUUUAUCAUAUUCUAAUUACAUAUAUAAUAAAUAUUUAUUAAAAAAAAUA